AUGCAACGAGAGCUUCACUGGAUCCCUCGGCCGAUUUUUCAAUUGGAUUCUGGCCUUGAGCAUUCUGUUCGGCAGGUAGGGAGGCUGAAUGAUGAUCAUGCCUCACCUUUUCAUGAGCAAUCUCCUCAAGCAGAGACGUUGGAGCGAAGUGAAGAGGCCACGUCGUCCAGCUUGCGUGAUGACUCAAUGAUGGAGCAUGAGGUCCCGCAUGGCGAGGCCCUUACCCAGGAUGGAGGUUCCUCGGAAUCCCAUUGA